AUGUCAGGCUGUUUAGGUAGACAACCUAAAAGAAAGAGACUUAAAGUAUUCGAGUCCUUGACAGACGCGCGCGACGACAAAGUUGCAGUGACUCGAAUGCUUGAAGUCUCCAAUUCGCCAUGCAUUGCUACUUUACUUGCCCAUUGCCGAACACUUGGGGAAAUUCAACUUUUUGACUCAUCGAGGGCUUUCUUAGGAAUUUUUAGGAUUGCUUAUUACGACAUCCGUGACGCUGAGCGGGCUAAAACUGAAUUAGAAACACUAUACGACGUUUUAUACGUUUCCCCAGGUUCUGAUUCCAAAUUUUCCGACUAUAUAAUAGUCCCUCAAGCGAAUUUUAAUUACCAAGCGCAUCUCAGGUAUGGAGAAAUAAUGAGCACAGAGCUGAUUGGCUCCUAUAUAAUUGUUCGAUAUUUUGACGUGCGAGCUUCUAAACGAACUUAUUCAGAGCCCUACGAAUUCGAAGAAGACGAGUUCUACGAAAACGAGUUCCACGACAGCCCAUUAUUAUCUUCACAGCUUGAUUUAAGCAUAAGCUCAGAAUCGACCUCGCCAAGCCCUUACUUUUUCUUUGGUUCUGAAGGCUCAAAUCAAGACAGUCCUUAUGAUGAGAGAAAAAAGCCACGCAAAAAGCCGCUUGAUGAAGAAGAAAAAAUAUUUUUUAUAAUUAGGCUAGAUACAAUUUUGUCAGGAGAAGAAAAGAGGACGACGAUCAUGAUUAAAAACAUCCCAAAUAAAUAUACUCACUCCCCCCCCCUCCGUGAGUGAACAAAAAAAAUUUUGUUCACUCACAGAGGGGGUUAAAUUUUUUUUUUUUAAAAAAUUUAUAUAUAAAUUUUAUAAAAAAUAUUUUUUUUCAAAAUUUAAAAAAAUCCUAAAUUCGCAAAAAUUGGAAAGCAAAUAUUAAUUUAAUUUAUAAAAUUUAUGUUUUAAAAAGCAAUUCGUUCAAAAUUAAUAGAAUUAGCUCUAGAUUUCAUUAUACUAAUUAUCAUUUAUAUAUCAAAAUUUUUUUCCAUAAAAAAUUUUUGUUCACUGACGGAGGGUGGGUUUUUGGGCAAAAAAUAGCGAUUUUUCUAAUGGUUUUGUUCACUCACGGAGGGGGGGAGUCAGCAGAUGCUGCUGGAUAGCAUAGACAAGCAUUUUGCAAAGACUUAUGAUUUUUUUUAUUUGCCAAUUGACUUCAAAAAUAAAUGCAAUGUAGGCUAUGCGUUUAUCAAUUUCCUGGACCCGUAUACCAUUAUUGAGUUUUAUAAGGAGUAUAAUGGGAAGCGCUGGGAAAGGUUCAACAGUGAAAAAAUCUGUGCUCUUGCCUAUGCACGAAUCCAAGGAAGGCAAGGGCUAAUCCAGCAUUUUCAGUGCUCAUCUGUGAUGAAUCAGGACGACAUCAAGGUAAAGCCUCUUAUUCUCCAAAUUAAUCCUCAAUUUUAA